AUGACUGUAGACUCAAACUUUGUAGGAACACCUACAAAAAAGAAGAGCAAAAAAUGGCAACACUCGAACAUACCUCCCGAAGAUCCCGAAAGCAUUAAACUUUUCAAUGAAUUAACAAAGGACUCUAAAAAAGCCGAUUCGAUACGAAUUGUGAGUCGAGUCAAUACGUUAUAUACAUCUCCUUUUGCUUCAGUAAGAUCACAGGCCAAGAACAGUGAUGACUCUUUUAUCGAUUUAAUUCCCAAAACAUCAACUUGUGGAGAUUUUCUCAAUAGUUGUAUUGAAAGAUUGGAGAAGGGGAUUCCUCUGAGAGAAUUGGAAAUUAAACAAUUAUGUAUAAGAGCACAGGAUGUAUUAAUGAACGAGAGCAAUAUUGUGAAAGUGACAUCGCCUGUUACUGUAGUUGGGGAUAUUCAUGGCCAAUUUUGGGAUGUUAUUGAAAUGUUUAAGAUUGGAGGACCUUUACCAAAUACUAAUUAUUUAUUUUUGGGUGAUUAUGUGGAUCGAGGGAAACAUAGCGUACUUACUAUGAGUCUGUUACUUUGCUACAAAUUGAAAUGGCCUCAAAGGAUUACACUACUGAGAGGAAAUCACGAAACACGAGGAAUAUCAAGGACUUAUGGUUUUUACAAAGAGUGUAUUGAAUAUUAUGGAAGCCCUAACACUUGGAAAUAUUUCACAGACCUUUUCGACUAUUUAACUGUUGCAGCUUUAAUUGAUGAAAAGAUAUUUUGUGUACAUGGUGGUUUAUCACCAGCCAUUACGUCACUCGAUCAAAUAAGAGUAUUAGAUAGAUUUGGGGAGCCUGGUAUGGAAGGACCACUCGUAGAUCUUCUAUGGUCAGACCCAGAUCCAGAUAGAGAUGGUUUUGGAUCAAACCAUUCCCGAGGAGCUGGCUAUUUAUUUGGAGGAGAUAUUGUGAAAAAGUUUCUGCAUUUCAAUGGAGCUAUUCACAUGUGUCGAGCACAUCAGUUGUGUGACGCUGGUUACAGAUUGCUAUUUGACGACCAACUUAGCACGGUGUGGAGUGCUCCAAAUUAUUGUUAUAGGUGUGGAAACAAGGCCUCUGUUCUGGAAAUCGAUCAAGAGUUGAACAUGUUUUUCAAUAUCUUUGAGGACGCACCCGAGGAGGCAAGAGAAAAUUGUGUGGAUAAGAAUUUACAUGGCAGUGUCAUGAAGAUGAUAAAACCUAGAACCGGCGAUUUUCAAGCAAUGACCACUAUUAAUGGAAGCGACGAAAUGACAGGAUUUGAUAUUUCGCAUUAUUUCCUUUAA